AGAGGGGGGAGAGGAAGGAGCCCGUUCAGAGUACUUUACGUUAGUGUACAUGGGGCACUAACAUUAUUGUGCGGCCUCGAACCUCACGUAUAUGAUGGGUAGACGAGAGGCGGACAGUGGAGGUGCGAUGACCACCAGCGAGCGCUCCGAGUUGGGACCUCUGUUGCAGGACACUGUAUCCACUUCUUCUAACGAUGCCCGCAGCGGCAAUAGGCUGAAAAGGAGCCCGGGGUCCGUCGCGGUUCCUGGAGAGACAUCUGCCACCACAGUUCCGUCCGAGGUGAAGAAACACCAGCACAAACACAACCUCAAGCACCGGUAUGAAGUGAUGGAGACGCUGGGGAGAGGCACCUACGGCAAAGUGAAGAAGGCGAUGGAGAGAGCAACUUUGCGCACGGUGGCCAUCAAAUCUAUUCGUAAGGAGCGCAUCACUGAUAACCUGGAGCGUAUCCACAUUCAAAGAGAGAUUGAGAUCACGUCUGCCCUGCAGCAUGCUAACAUCAUACAAUUCCACGAAGUGUUUGAGAGCCGGGACAAGAUUGUGAUUGUGAUGGAGUAUGCCAGCAGAGGAGAGCUGUACGAUUACAUCCAGGAGAGACGGAGAGUGCCCGAGACUGAGGCUCGGACCAUCUUCAGACAAAUCACAUCUGCUGUUCACUACCUCCACAAGAAUGGUGUUGUCCAUCGUGAUCUCAAGUUAGAAAACAUCCUUUUAGACCAAGAUUUGAAUGUGAAGCUGGCAGACUUUGGGCUCUCAAACCACUUUGAAAAAGGCACUCUUCUACAAACAUACUGCGGUAGUCCUCUCUAUGCUUCACCAGAGAUAGUCCAAGGGCUUCCCUACCAAGGCCCUGAGGUUGAUUGCUGGGCCUUGGGUGUUUUGCUUUAUGCUCUGGUGUACGGGAGCAUGCCAUUUGACGGAGCAAGUCACAAAAUACUGACAAAGCAAAUCACACAAGGUCACUAUCGCAGACCAAACCUUCACUCAGAUGCCUGUGCCCUGAUAGACUGGCUGCUGAGUGUUAGAAUGGAGGACAGAGCCACCAUUGAGGACGUGGCCAACCACUGGUGGGUGAACUGGGGUUACGAGGAGAAUGUGUGUGACUGUCCCACCUCCGCUCUGGACUGCCCCUCUCCGCUGCUCGCGCGCUACAUCGAUUGGCAGAAUCAGGUCACUGCUGCUUGCCACUUCACCUUACCCCUAAAGACAGAGCAGGGAGUAGGAGGAGCACAGAAACAUGUGGGUAGCCUUAAAAAAUCUCGCAAGGAGAAUGCAAUCCCCCAGAAUGCAUUGCGAGUGGUGUGUGCUGCUUCUACUGUUGAAAGUAAGAAGCCAAAAAGUAUUCUCAAACAGCAACGAAGUUUUGACUCCGUUAUUUACAGUCAACCUAGAGAAAGUGCACCAUCCCAAACAAGAAGUGACAUUCAAACUCACCAGAAAUCAGACAUCCUGUCCAACAGAGUACCUUCUACAUUCAACCACCACUCGUCCAAAAUGCCCAAAAAGGGUAUCCUCAAGAAUCUGCACGAUGGGCUAUGUGAUUAUGAUCCUUCUGUAGCAAAGGCUAAUUCUGUAGCCGGUGUAGAAAAUGCUGGUUUGCACUAUUUCAAACCAGUUUCUGCUGCAGAGGAUAGUCCCAAUUUGCACACAGAGGCGGUAAGAAGAAGAAAGGGUAUACUUAAACGUAAUGGCAAGUUUUCACGCAGUCUUGACCUCCCUGAUAAUCACGACUUGUCCUUCAAGACCACAACACUCCCAGAGACAUUACAGCAUCAUCUUCUGAGUUCUGUAGUCGGAGAGAUGAGUCGUCCCUCCAGCAUUGUGAGUGAGGACAGUCUCUUCUCCAUGGACUCCUUUGACACACUGGACUUUAGCACCCAAUCACCACACAGACUUUUCUCACGAGGCACACAGGAGCACAGUGCUUAUAGCUCAGAGGAGGAGUGUCCAGAAAUAACCAGAGAGACUUGAGGACAAUGGUGAAGAAAACAUUGUCUGUCUUGUCCUACUGACCAUGAUUUUGUAAUGUACAAAUUUAACCCAUCCUUCAAUUAGUACCACUGGGACAACCUGUUAAAAGCAGUGAGCUACUGCAGUACAGUACUCGGGGACCUAUCUCCAGCUCUUGAGCUGGGCUUGGUCAGGACUACUUUAGCGGGAACAUUUUACCCAUGGUGCAUGUUUAGAGUUGAUGGAGAAAACCAGAGUGCCAGUGGGAGACACACCCCGACAUGGAGACAACAUGCGAACUCCACACAGGAGUCAUUUGAGUGCCAUUUACUCAGCUUUGUGACUAUUUUGGGUUGGGUUCAGGUUAAGAUGGCAAAUAUUUUACUUGUAUGGAACUUGCUUCGGUACAUCAUUUAAUGUAAUGGUCGAAUUUUUUUAUUUUUUUUAUUUUUUUUGGUGGAGGGACAUAUGAACUCAUCAUUGGUGUACUACUGUUAUCGUUUACUAAGAAUAAUUAUUAUCAAAAACUUGAGACAUGGUAAAAAUACAUUGAGUGAUAUGUUGCAAGUGAUGUUUAAAUAAAGUAUU